AUGCCUCCCAGGACUUCCAAGAACUCUGCUAAUGUUCCCACCUCACCUCCUAAGUCCCCUCCUAAGUCUCAUAGGAGUGCCAGAAAGCAUGCUGCAUCGUCUGUUGAUGCCUCUGUGGAACCAGCUGCCAAGAAGGUUGCCAUGGACAGUGAAGUGGGUAAGACUGGAGGUGAGGGUGAGGAUAAUGAAGGUGGAGCUACAGGAAAGAAAGGGGACAAGGGAAACAACAAAGCUGCAGGAAAGAAGGGAAAGAAGAGAAUUAUGACUUCGAGGGCUAGUUCUGUAAAGGCUGCAGCUGAAAAGGUAGCUGCAGAUCAUCUUACCAAAACUCAGAAAAUUUUGCUUGAUAGUGGAGCAGCUAUAGCUCCACCUCCUAGGCCUGUCCAAGGCUACCACAGUGGUAUCUUCCACCAAUGA